AUGGCGAGCAAUGAGACGCUGGUUCAGGACCCAGAUCGGAAUGAGCAUAACGCUCAUUCUCAGCUCGCCGAGAACGGGGAGAAGACCGCGAAUCCUCAACCAUCCCGUGUCGCCAGCGAGAGCAGUCCCAGCAUUACCACCAUCGUCAAUAACGAGAAUUUGAAUCCGCAAAGGACUGUCCAGAAUGAUCCGGCCGGGAGAGGUACACCUCUCAUUACUCGAUCACGCGCGAGAAUGUCAGUUCAGGUGACGGAUCGAUACAUAGAGAAUGCCGCAGCAGCCCCUGACUGGAUGAGGAAGACGCUUGUGCGCCAUGACAUGAUGACGCGCUCCGUCGUGCAAUGGGCCAUGGCACCAAUGGAUAAUCCCCGAAAGAUUAUCUUGGCUCCAAUCUUAGCCGCCCUGAGGAGCUUAUUGACUGCAAUCCCUCUGCUAUUUUUCAACUUCGUCCCCAACUCGCUAUGUUGGGCAGCGUGGGACCCAAAAGACAUUUACGACCCCUACCUCGAGUUCAACGGAAAGUACAACGUUAAUGACCCCGACGCUGGGAGAGGGGAUUCCGGGCCUGUUGGGGACGAUGGCUUGUCACAUCUCGAUGUGCUAGCACGUCGGACGUAUCCAUCGAAGCUCCUGCUCAAGGGGGAAGACGGAAAAUGGACACCAACGGACAUGAACACUGUUAACAAACGACCAAAGUACCUGUUCGUCAGCCAUGUUGGGUCGAAAACAAAACAGGAUGAGCUUCAGUACCUCGACACCGCCCAACGACUCGCAGAGAAAGAAGGACUUACGGCAAUUUACCUGGACGAUUGGUGUUUUACCCGGCACAUCAAGCAAAAGGUGAAGAGUGGCACCCUCUCUGAGAAUGAGGGAAUCGCAAUUACCGACCACCAGAUUUGGACUCUAUGCGACGUCGUCCGUGGCUCGGCUCAAGUGGCCGUUAUCUACCUAGGGGAUUCUUCCUCCUCAAAGUCCAAGACAGAGUGGGGCAAGCGGAUGUGGACAUUUGUUGAAGGACUCUUGGCUCCCGGCAACUCGAUCUUGUUCUGUCCACGAGACUACGACAGGGAAGCCUUUCCCGACGGACCACCGGUGGAAUCGCUUUACAAGGUAGAGAUGACAGCAAGCUACUGGAGCGAGAGCGAUAAGCAGGCAACUCAUGAGGGCGGCAGCUCGGCGCGGCUGUUGGCCGAAUACUUUUCCGGCCAAGUCGUGCUCAGCACUCUAGAGGUUCUCCCACUCAUCUUCGACGCCCUCAACUCCCGCAACACCGGGAACCAGAACUCGCUUUCGGACAUGGGCUACGCCGCAAUGGGUCUGCUCCGUUUUCGCGUCGGGAGGACGCCGGACAGCACGGACAGUCCCACGCUGUUCCAGACUCUGUCCCACCUCUCUCUCAAGAAUGACAGCGACAAAAUCAUCGACCGUAUGAUAAGCCUGCUUCCAUUAUCGAGGCCUAAAGGUCCCGUUCUAUCAGAUGCGUCAAACCACAUCAUCUGGGCUAGUCUUUGCGGAAAGGAUGUCUUCGGCGCACGCGUCCACCAAAUCACGCCCCUGUGCGACGUCGUGGGCGUGGCGGACGAGGACCACACGGUCUUCAUUGACAACUGCCGAGCCAUCAAGAUACAAUGGGAUUCCCUCCCUGCCUUGCGCGUCGAGAAUCACCCAGCGGCCGAGACCGGAUUCGUGAGAUUUCUGCGCACGGCUGCCAUGAGCUCCAUGUCGACCGUCAUUGGCAUGAGCAUUACCAUGGCUGCUGUUGCCGGCGUAAACUCUGGCAGCUCUGGCAACUCCGGCAGAACAAGCUCUCUAUCUGGAGACGAUCGUCCUUCAGAUUUUGCAAUCCGUAUGUUGAGCAAAAUAGUGGCAAUCGCUGCUUGCAUUGGAUGCGCUUGCGCCUUAUUGAUACCCGCGGCCGCACGAAGCAUGUUCGGCACUUUCAAAGUCCAAAAGUGCAACCCUGGUCUGGUUGGAAUCGAGGGUGUCAUGCCCAUCAAAGAGCUGGAAGAGAAGAUCCUUGGAUACAAGUCGUCUGCCGAUAUAUUCAAGUACGCCCCGCUCGCGUCGCACAUUCUUGCAGAUGAGGACAGUUUGGACAGCGAGACCAGAACCCUGGAGAAAGGCAGACCCGCGUGGAUCGAGCAAACAGAGGAUCUGGAUGGAGUCAAAGCUCGGCUCAAAAGAGAGCAAAGACUCUUCACACUUGUCGAUCUGGGUCAUCUAUCCGUCAUGGUGGUGGCUGCAGAGCGGCCGCCUUCCGUUGCGCUUCUAUCUGGUCGAGGGGGCGGGAUGCUUAGAGCUGUUCUCUGCAGUUCCAGCCCCGCCAAAGACUGUCUCUACAAGGAGACAGUGGUUCAGAUGCCGUCCGCUGUGUGGGAUUCUGCGAAGCCUACAAAAUGGCUGAAAGUCUGCUUGCAGACCCGGAACGAAGCCAUGCGCGCCCGGUACCUGGCGUCCGAGGCCACAAUCGCCGCAGAUUCGGCCCAGGAAGCGGCAGAUCGUUCUAGCGCAUGCGCUUGCAGGGCGGCAGCGGAUGCCAAGCGGGCUUCCCAUAAUUCCAAUGGCUCCCCAGAGACCAAGUCAGUGAGUGGUGCGCGAGAGGCGGCUGACCUGGCAAAGAGCGCUGCAGAAGAUGCAGCAUCGGCUGCCAAAAAGGCCCGUAAAGCUGCCGACGACGCUGGCCCUGAGAAGGAGGUGGGACUGGCUAAGCGAGGGCUUGAUGCCGCAAGACAGGCGCUUGGUGAUGCAAACGACGCAUGGCUACGGGCUAGUUACCAGGCGGAUAAAGCUAGAUUUGCCGCUGACAGAGUGAUAUAUAAAUGA